AUGUUCAAGUCGAAGCCCACCGGCAAUUCAACUCUCAAUCACCAUCAAUGGCAGCAGCACGACCUUAACCCUUCUUCUCUCAUCUCACACACUACUACUUGCAGAGGGCCGGGAUGCGAAGAUCGGACGCCGGAGCCGAAACCCAGAUGGAACCCUCGGCCGGAGCAAAUCCGAAUACUCGAAACCAUCUUCAACUCCGGCAUGGUGAACCCUCCACGAGAUGAGAUCAGGAAAAUUAGGGUUCAGCUUCAAGAAUACGGCCAGGUGGGGGACGCUAACGUCUUCUACUGGUUCCAAAACCGCAAGUCCCGGAGCAAGCACAAGCUCCGAAACCUUCAGCCGGCCGCCGCCAAACCCCGCCAGCCUCCGCCCCCGCCGGUGACAAACUCCUCCUCGUCCUCCUCCGGCAAGUCGUCUUCCCCCAACAGCUCCAACGAGAAGACCCUCUCAGCCGGACCCACCACGCCGACGGCGGCGGCCGCCGCCGCCGCCGUGGUGGACUACCUGAACUCGCCGACCGCCUCGGUGAACCAGCGGGCUUUCGGCCAUGCGGCGGCGAGCGAGUUCAUGGCGGAGAACUUCGUCUUUCCGGUGAACCAGGGUUUGCCGGCUGUGGGUUUCUGUUUUCCCGGCGGCGAGGGAGUCUCCGGUGGGAUAGCGGAUCAGGGUUCCGGCAUGGGAUGCCAGAAUUUAUUGCUGAGUGAGCUGAUGCUGAUGAGCAGCUGCCCGUCGAAGGUCAGGGAUGACGAGGAUGAACAUGAGAAGAUGAAGCUUGAGCAACAGUUCGGUUAUGGUGGGCCGGCUGUACCGAAUCCGGCUCACCACUUCCUUCCUCCGUCUAUCUGCACUCCUCACUAUCAAAUUGUUCAAGGUGUGGAGGGUGAAUUGGGUUCGGGCAUGGGCCCCACAAAGUCCACGGUGUUCAUAAACGACGUCUGCUUCGAGGUGGGCUCGGGCCCGUUUAACGUGAGGGAAUCGUUUGGCGAUGAUGCGGUGCUUAUACACUCGUCCGGGCAGCCCGUGCUGACCAAUGAUUGGGGGGUCACACUCUACCCGCUACAGCACGGCGCGUUUUAUUAUCUCCUCCGACCCAACUUCGCGCCUUCGCCCGAUGACGUGAGGACAAUCGAGUUGAUUUAG